CGGCUUCAUGACCGCCGCGCAUCCGCUUCAGUGACAUCACCGAUUGCCGAUCCCGCCGCUUCACAUACUUCUGUUCCAGUAGUUUCGACUACACGGGUGAUUCCGAUUGCCUCUGGUGCACUCCCUACCGUGGCUUUGGCUACCCCGGCCCUUCCAGUUGAUUCCAAUGCAUUUGAUUCCUUGGUUUCGUCCACACAGGCAAUUUCGUUUGCCUCCGAUGCUCUGGCUUCAUUAGUUUCGACUACACCUACGGUUUCGACUGUUUUUGAUAUGCCUGUUUCUGCGGUCUCGACUGCUGCAGGUGUAUUUGCUCCCAUCCCUUUAGCUCCGUCUCUACCCACAACAGUUUCGACUGUCCGCGGUGCUUUUACCUCUGCAGCCCCACCUUUGCAACGCCACAACCGCCAUCUCAACGACAUCCUACGCCGUACUACAAUGGUGGCCACGUCUCCUACCGUCCAGCCCGAGACGACGUCUUCUGCCGGCCUUUCGACUCCGGAGCUACGGUCUUCAACCACCGGAGGCGGCGCGAGGUCCACAGCCACCGACAGGCCAUCCGAUCCUGUUCCGCUGACCCUGCCCCCUGCGGCGCCCUCGGCUUCGGCCACCACCGCUGCUUCGGCGGCACCCUCGGCUUCGGCCACCACCGCUGCUUCGGCGGCACCUUCGGCUUCGGCCACCACCCCUGCUUCGACAGUGCCCCCGGCUUCGGCCACGACUUCGGCCACGGCUGCGCCCCUCUCGUGCCCGCCGUGGCUCCCUCUGGCUUUGUGGGACGUCAUGUCCGCGAAGGCCCGGGUGACCGCCUGGACGGACGCCGUUCGCAUGGCGAGCGGCGCGGCCGUCGAUGCCGACCGCGCAGCAGCCCAACUCGCCCAGGACGCCCUCGCCGACGAGGAAUUCCUCUGCGAAGUCUCCGCCCGCGAGGAAGAGCUCAAGCAUUUGCGUGCGAACCGGGCGUCCAACGCACAGAAAAUCCAAGAUCUGGAGGCCCUCCAGCAGCAAUAUGACCGUCAGCGGAGCCAGCUGGCGGCCACCCUCACCGCCGACCGUCGGCAAGAGGACCACCUCGUGGAAGCUGGCCGUCAGGCCGAAAGAAGGCGAGAGGGCGAACUCCGCGACCGUGCGAAGCGGUCGCCCUGCGUCUCGGGCGCCGGAGGGAGACCAGCAUCAACUGCCUCUGCCGCCCCGUCCCGCACGUACGCGGCUGCUGCUUCGUGCAGCCCGGUCACCCGCUCCUCAUCGUCGCGGCACGGUCCUGUUACCUUCGAAUCCGGCGACUUCGGCUUCACCCCGGCCACACUGGCUGAUGUUGCCAAUUCCCCACAAUUUAACUUCCUCCCGGAGGAUCGCGCAUCGGUCAAGGAUCUGGCCGCGGACAUGUUCAACGCGUUGCCGGCGGCUGUCACCAUCCAGGAGGCGAUCGAUGUGGCAAACACCUCCCGUCCGGAUCUUCGGGACUUGGCCAGCCGUCUUCUUGCGGGGAUGCGCAAGGCCAACGCUCGCGCCACUGCCCCGGGUCAAGAAGGCGCAACCGUCGCGCUCGAGUCGGGAGAGUGGUCCUGGCAGCUCAGGAGAAGAGUCUGGCUGGAGUUCGGCUGGAGCCUCGCGUCGGCCUCAAGAGCCCUCUUCUUCUUCGGCGGGAGGGAGCCGUGAGAGAAAGGUGGCGAAGCGAAGCUGGGAUGGCGCCCGCGGGUCCAAAACCAAGAGCUGGACCGGGUCGGGCUCGGACACCAGCCUCUCUCGUAAACCGGGUCGACAAAGGCAAGUAGUUCCGUCUCUUAUGGACGCGUCUUCGGAAACUCGUUUCUUUUUGCGUGAUGAUUUCGUUCUUCCGGCCUCGGCCCCCCCUGUUUCUUCGGAAACUCGUGUUGCGUUUUCGAACCUUCCGGCCUCGGCCCCCCCUGUUUCUUCGGAAACUCGUGUUGCGUUUUCGAACCUUCCGGCCUCGGCCCCCCCUGUUUCUUCGGAAACUCGUGUUGCGUUUUCGAACCUUCCGGCCUCGGCCCCCCCUGUUUCUUCGGAAACUCGUGUUGCGUUUUCGAACCUUCCGGCCUCGGCCCCCCCUGUUUCUUCGGAAACUCGUGUUGCGUUUUCGAACCUUCCGGCCUCGGCCCCCCCUGUUUCUUCGGAAACUCGUGUUGCGUUUUCGAACCUUCCGGCCUCGGCCCCCCCUGUUUCUUCGGAAACUCGUGUUGCGUUUUCGAACCUUCCGGCCUCGGCCCCCCCUGUUUCUUCGGAAACUCGUGUUGCGUUUUCGAACCUUACGGCCUCGGCCCCCCCUGUUUCUUCGGAAACUCGUGUUGCGUUUUCGAACCUUCCGGCUUCGGCCACCCCUGUUUCUUCGGAAACUGUUGCACCCUCUGUUUUUUCUGCCGCUCACCGUGCUGUAGAUUCAGAAAUCAUGCACAAUCCUGGGUUUUCGAACCCACACCCCCCCUCGGCUUUUGUGCCGGGCGUUCCGCAUGCGGUGUGGUCUUCGGACCAUGCUCCCCCUGCUGCUUCGGUAGCUGCUGUCACACCCCCCGUUGUUGUUGAUGAUCGUGUUUUGCCACUUUCUUCAAACGUCGCACAUGCUCGUCAAGCCACGAUAGAUGCGACCGAUGCUCUUGCACGUGCGGCUCAUGUUACCACAGUGAAACGCGCGUACAUCACCCUCAAUUUGAAAAAGGUUGAGAGUGUCGCUACCAUGCCCUUUCCUGCAACUCUGUUGCCGGGCGAUGGCUAUCAGCAGCUUCUUCGCACAACACGUACGGCUUUAUCCGAUAUUUUGUUGUUGUGUGAUGAGCAGAGUGAUGGGUUGUACGGUAAUGAUUUCGUGCGUGGAUGGGAACGACCUCUCGAAAAGAAACUUUUGAGUGCGAUCACCCCUGACAAGCCCUCUACUGCCGAUCUCGUCCUCUCCAUCACUGAUUAUUUUCAGCAGGUGAAGAGAAGCUUGGACGGCGGUGCCACUGGGCCCGAAGCCUUUCAGUUGCUGUUGCGUCAUCUUGCAGAGCAAUUUGAUGUCGGCGACCGUCAAGAGUCGUUUUUGCGGCUACAGCAAUUUGGCGUAGCAGAUGGUACUUCUUUCGCGGAUUACCUUCGUGCUUUCCGGUUGUUGGUUUCGUCUGUGACAGGCUCUGAGCGUACUCUCGCUCCGAGUGUAUCCAUGGUUCUAGAAAUAGUGCGGCAUUCUGUCUGCAAGCAGUUUCCGAGUUUGUCUCCAAUUUUGUACCCGGGUGCUCUGGCCACGGCCGUCACUCCUUUUUCGUCGAUUGCGGAUAUGUGGGAGGCGUUCGCGCCUCUAGCGACAAAUAAAACCCCGGCUAUCGGCGGUUCGUCUUAUUUUUCGUUGUCUUCGACACAUGGCUCCUCGCAGCCUCGGCGGUCCCACAACCGCGCUCCCGCGCCUUCGGGCCAGUGGGCAACCGGUUCUGCCCAAAACCCUGUCGUUUUGCCGGUACAUUCGC